AUGGCAAAUACUUACACUGUGGAGCAAGCGGUGGAUGCAAUUGGGUUUGGAAUAUUUCAGGUUAAAUUGUCGUUACUCACUGGUCUAGCAUGGAUGGCAGACGCUAUGGAGAUGAUGAUACUGAGUAUACUGUCACCGGCGCUACACUGCGACUGGCGGCUAACCGAAUUCGAGCGAGCAACAAUCACGACAGUUGUGUUCUGUGGCAUGAUGGCCAGCAGUGGAUUCUGGGGAUACAUCUGUGAUAAAUAUGGACGAAAAGCCGGUGACGCUGUAUGCAGAAUUCUGCGUCAAGACGCGAGAGCCAAGGUGUGUCGUCGCAUGUCAGAGGCACUUGCUCGAGGUUGCUGCUGGCUCUGUUGUGUGAUGCCGACGAUGGUUGGCGGCUGGUUGCUCAUCUUCUCUGCGGUGCUGCCACUGGCCAUCUCUCUCACGUGUGUGUGGUUACCUGAGAGCGCGAGGUACCACAUUGCGUCAGGCCAUCCAGAGAAGGCUGUCGCCGUGUUGGAGCGGGUGGCUCGUGACAACAAUCGACCGAUGCCUCUAGGAAGAAUAGUCGCUUCCACGCAGACGGGGAAGAGGGGAAGAGUAUCAGAUUUGUUCAUACCAGAGACGAGAUACGUCACGAUAUUGCUUUGGUUCAUAUGGUUGGCGACGGCAUUUACGUACUAUGGACUUGUUCUUAUGACAACUGAGUUAUUCGAGGCUUCUGAUGGUUGUCAUGGCGGUGAUGUAAGUCCACCAUUGGCUGAAGCGAGCUGUUACCUCACCUGCCGAGCGCUGUCGAAGAAAGAUUACACGGACCUUCUGUGGACGACGCUAGCUGAGGGUCCAGGUCUCCUCGUCACCUUCUUCAUCAUCGAUCGCAUCGGCAGGAAGAAAACGAUGGCUGUAGAGUUUGCUCUCUUUUCGCUCUUCACCUUCCUCCUCUUCAUGUGCAGUACUAGGGGCAUGCUGACGUUCUUCAUCUUCGUAGCGCGAGCGUUUGUAUCCGGGGCAUUCCAGGCAAUAUACGUCUACACCCCCGAGGUGUAUCCAACGACAUUCCGUGCUGUGGGCUUAGGCACCUGCAGUGGCUUUGCUCGUGUUGGUGCUAUCAUCACUCCAUUCGUCGCCCAGGUGUUGCUACGUAAGUCGGUGAAUGCGACGGUGGCAAUAUACGGCACGUUUGGACUGUUCGCUGCGAUCGGCGCCAUGCUGCUGCCGAUAGAGACGCAGGGACGCCCGAUGAAGGACCACCACUAAAGGCUAGCACAGAGACACAACACAGAGAGAGAGAGCGAGAGAGACCCCGGGGGAAGGAGCACCCAGCAUUAGCACUGUGACACAACACAGAGAGAGAGAGAGAGAGAGAGAGAGAGACCUCGGGGGAAGGAGCACCUAGCGUUAGC